UUGUUAAUAAAAUUGUUGACAACAUUUGUUAAAAAUAAAAACAUUAAAAAAUGACCGGACCGGUGGAAGAUGUCGGUAAAAUUAAAAAUCGUGAAGAGGCUUUGAAGGAGAUGAAAAUGAUGAUUGAAGAUGCCAAAUACCUUGGAUACAGACUACGUACAGACGAGAGUUAUUUAUCCAGAUAUCUCCAUUGUUGUUCCUGGGACCCAAAAAAGGCUUGUGAAAGAGCCUUAGCCUUCUGCAGACUCAAAUCCGAAAACCCUUCGUUUUUUUGUGGACCCCAAACAAAUCCUGAUGUGGAAUUCAAAGAACUGAUCGAUAAAACUGUAGUUAAAUUUUUACCAGGAAUCAAGGAUAACGAAGGGCGACCUGUUUAUGUCGUCAAAAUAGGUUUGGUUGAUCCUUCCAAAGUAGAUUGCCCAACUGUGAAUCGUCUGGACGAUUAUUGGAUAGAAUCGAUUUUGGAUGAUAAUGAGGUCCAGGAAAAGGGUAUUUGUGUCCUGAUGGAUAUUAAGGAUUAUUCUUGGCGACUUUUGGGCUGGUUGACGCCUCAUAAUGUUAAGACCAGCUCUAUGAAGAUGGAAAUUGGACCUGUUAAACAGACGAAGCUGCACGUCGUCAAUUCGUCCAAGUUGAUGAAUGCUGCUAUAGCCAUUUCGUAUCCACUUUUGAGCGACCGGAUUAAAGAAAAUAUCCAUUUCCAUUACUCGAAUUGGCCAUCUCUACACAAACACAUAAACCCGGAACUUCUUCCGGCAGAAUACGGCGGAACAGGCCCGGAUUUUGAUUUAAGGGCCGCUUUGGACAAAUUGGCCCAGAAUAGAGAUAAAAUAAAAGAAAACUUCGACUGGGGAUACGAAAAAUCCAAAUGA